AUGGCUCCGGCUCCGGAAGCCUAUUUCGCGUCCCUGGACAAGUGUUUCUCUGGGGACGCACAGCUUUUGUCUUGGAGACGAGUUUUUCUUGCUCUGACAUCUCCACCAGAUAGCAGCAAUGACGCCGACUACAUAACGUCUUUCCUAUCACAACCCGAAAGCGUCCGUUUGCUUUCAAAUUGCUUCACACCGUUCGAAUCACCUUCCGCAAAAUCCAAAUCCGAAUUUGAAUCCAAAACAGCCGCGAUUCAUGUUGAUACAUCGCCCCAAGCAGCUUAUCAGAUAGACGAGAUCAAAGCUGAUACUCUAUGGUUAAGCCAAAAGGCAGGCAUCGACGAGGUAGCGGCACUCCGAAUCAUAGUACAAGAAUGGCAGACCAGACCAAACGCCCAGCUGCUGGGAAGAUUUUCCGAAGAAGAAGCGACAAGCCUGCAAGACGCAGCAAGUGUGGAUAGCUUCCGUGUGUCUCUAGCUGGCCCUCAACUAAAAGAGGUCUUGAAAAAGGCUCAUGGGGGCUCAGAGAAAGCAUUUUUCUCGGAGAAAUCGAGACGAAUACGGAUACAGAAUAUCUAUUUGUCGGAAAAAAGUCAUAUUGUGAAAACUUCGAGGAAAUUGCUAGGCGCCUUUUUGCAUGGGAAGGUUCCGGCCGAUGUUCGUCUUGUACCGCUUACACAUGAUGCUGAGCAGUUUGUACGGAAGGACGGCCUCGCGCGUUUAGGAGAGCAGCUUUUCAAACCUAGAUCAGGAGAAACUGAGAGCAUCCGCUUUCUGCUUGAUGCGAUCAAAGCCAUCGAGAAACGUCUGAGCGAUUUCCAGACGGAAGGCGGAUGGCUGUCUGCUGCCGAGAGUAAUUUUGAUACAGAGAAUUUUUGGCGAACAUCGCUUGUUGACGAGGUUGUGCACGUUAUGCAGAUCAUUUAUCUGCAUGUUCAGUCUUGUGAUGUGGUGACCAGUGGAGAGGUUGUUUUGGCUUGGUUGCGGCUCAUGGCCGAAUACAGCUUCAUGGAACCUGUCAGCCCACCAUGUGAGGACCCAAUAGUACUCAGGCUCUCGCUACAGGUCCUCGCUUCGGCCACGACACUUGGUCUAUUGAAACUUCCUGAAUCUUUGGCACUCGUCCUGAAGAAUGGCAGUCUGUCGCAAGAAGAGGCUUUGUCGGGGUCCAAGCCAUACUUCUUAUCCCGAACGCAUAUUACCGAGAUCAAUGAGGUCUUGCUCAAUGCUAUUGACAUGGGAAUAUUGAGUGCCAGUCCUGCAGCCUUUGCCUGGGGAGCAAUACUCUAUGCAAUGCGAGAAAUCGCAMAAGCCGCAAAAGACACUCGAGAAAUGGAACAAUUCCAUAGCGCAGUCGACUCAUUCCAAUCCAAUCAACCUACAGCAGCUGUGGCACGUUCACUAGAGCAGACCUUUUAUGAGGACCUACUGGAUAUGGCGCGAGUCCCGGCCUUUGGAGAUGAUUACGUGGGUGUGUUAACUGUUGGGGCCAUGGAAAAAGGCCAGGUAUUCGAAGUGAUCAACAAUAUUGCCUCCAACGUCGGCUCAGUUUCCGCCAUCGAUGAUCUAGUUAUAGAUUUAUGGAUUCGCAAUUCUUUGAUGGGAAUUAUCCGGGUGAGCUCACAUGUGACUGACUAUUCUCCGGAGCUGGUUGCGGCAACACUUUCGAUUUUAAAUGCGUCAAAAAACACACUACAAGCGCAGAAAGCAGACCACAUCACCCAGCCAAGUGAUCCCCGUUUUGUUUUCCUUCACGACGAGGAUCUCAUGAGCCGAAUUUUCCACAUUGCCCGAUCUCGCUUUCCGUACGAAUCCAUCCCAUUUCUACAGUUAUGUCGGGCCCUGGCUAGCAAGGAUCAAAUAAACGGAAGCGGUCCUGUUCGAAUAUUGAAUGAGCUUGAUGCUAUGGAAACUUUUACUCAGAUGGUGUCACCUGACUUUCAAGGUUACGAGACGAUACGUGAAGACGAAAACGCAAAUUUUGUUUCCCUUGUCCAGCCGAUUCCCAUGAUCGCCUCAACUUUCGCGAAACUCACUGAUAAUACCGAUGCACAGACGGCUCUUGUUGUUGCGAGCUCUUUGCAGCUUCAGCCAACAACAACCGGCCAGGUAGUUUCGGAGUCGAAACCAGCUGUUAUUAUGUGGUAUCAUAAUUACUCUAGCAUAACUUUUCUCGGUAGCUGGCUGGAGGAGUGGGCGAACAAAGGGGGUCGUAUGCCUGACUCGGACGAUGAAGCCAUUGCCGAAAUCAUUGGACUGCUCACUGACCUGAUGGCUGCUUGUCAGCUAACCGACGACGAAACCGGGCCAAAGAGGAUACUUGAGAUGGCCAGUGAAAGCCUGAAUGAACGCAGUGACAUUGUGUCUGUGAUCAUUAAUAUCUUGGAACGAAGUUUGGAGAGUCCUGGAGCACAGUCUGGCACCUCCGACUCGCUUGACAUUACGGUUGCCUGCAUGCGAUUUCUUCGAGUUCUUGUUACUUUCAUGCCCAGUCGCACAUGGCCAUUUUUAUCUCGGAGUAGCUUGUUAGGUCCAGGUGGUAAAGGCAGUCGUUUUUCGGCGAUUGUAUCGGCGAGCGAGGUGACUUCGGGCAAUUAUCCUUUUCUUCUCAGUUGUGUUGAUCUCUUCGAAGCCAUUGUGGAAGACGCUAUAUCGAAUGCUGCAAUACGGAAGAUAACAACACGUACAGUUUUCAAAGCAGCAGACGCAUUCGAUCGAAGCGCUGGCGUGCCUUCUCAUGUCAUUAGCAAGGUAUUGUGCAACUUUGUGCGUUCAAUGAUUGAAGUAUACAACAGUUCUGGUAACUGGCGCUUCAAUCAGCCAGAGCAAAGACUUCAAGUGGACGCUAGUCUAGCCCGAACCUUCGAGAGGAUCAUCUAUUUCACAUAUGGUAUUGAUGAAACGGACAGCCACCAGACUAAGAUCACAGCAAUCUUCCAAGAAUCAGCCGAUUACAUACUUGACGUGCUGCGACCGCAGUCGAAAGAAGAAUUGCCACUAAAUCCUGUUCUGCGCAUUAUCCUAGGUGGCUUACAGACCCCGACUAGCACUGUCUAUCUUCGCCAAUUACAGCAUACCGAACGCCAGUUGAUUACUACACUUGACUUGGCUACUAGGUUGAUACAAGCAGCGCAGUUAAGUGGUUCUACUAUGUCUCUUCUCGAAGAUCAGCUCUUCAAAGCAGCUCCCGUUCUUGUAAAACUUUACAGCUGUCAUGACCAAUUCCGUCUACCUGUCGUGACUCUUCUGGAACUCCUACUUACAAAGGCAGCUUUGGAUGGAGAAAAGGAGCCUGCAUCCUUCCUUGGCCAUCUAGGCUCGGAAUCAACCUGCCUUUUCUUGGAUGUGCUCGCGCAAUUUGAUAGACCCCUCCCUAACUUGACCCUGCUAGUGUCAAUAUGGCGACUGCUAUCUACAUUCGUCGGUAAGCGUCAGCAAUGGGUUGCUAUCUAUUUGCUUACAGGAAGUUCGCCGCGCGAUUCAAUGAAGCUCCGCAAUGGCAACGAGAAAGCAUCCAGAAUGCGAAACACCCCAUUCCUCAAAACGGCACUCGAUUCUUUGGCAAAUAUCGACCAUCUCGAACCCAUAAUUUCAUUAUCUCUCCUCGAAUUCAUCUCCUGUGCGCAGGAACACUGGCCCUGGGCAACACCUCAGUUGGGUAAUCACUCAAACUUCUUCAGCUCGAUUGUCAACUACGUUUCUCAUUUAAAGAUUGCGAGCGAGUCAGUCACGACUCAAAUCAGCUUGAUUCAGAUCGCUGCUAUCACAGCCAAUUUGUGUGCAAUCUACCUGCAUUCAGCAAAGGAAGCUCGCGAUAAGACUUUUGUGAAGAUGCUGGUUCCGUUGGUCUUUUGGUACGCCGAAAAUGCUGUCGAUGUCUCUGGGUACAACGCGUCGCUUCACGCCAACUUGAAAAAGAACUUUGAGAUGAAAUACGCCGGGUGUCAUCUUCAGCAGUUUAAACGAACAGUUCUAGAGAUAAGACCAUUGGGCAAAGGCUAUUACUAUGAUUUAUACUUGGCUGAUAAGUUACUCUCAUACGACUUUUCCUGGAGAGGGAAAAAGGACCAGGGCUUUGCAAGCGAGUUUGAACGGGCUAAUCUCAACCUUUCGGUGGUUGAAGCACAAGUAACUCUGUUUAACAGCUGGAAGUUCUUCGCCAUUGAACAUGCGUCAGACUUUAGUCCAGACCAAGAGAUUCAAAAGUCAAUGGCGUUGAUCGUGCGAAACUGCCUACUUGCGAAUACGCGCCCGACUCCUGAAGAACCUAUAUUUUCCAAGCUACAAAAGUCAAGAGUGGAUUUUGCUCUUUCAAUGCUCCAGCGUUUGGUCGAAUUCGGCGCCGAGGGCCCUGAGAUGACUGGGUUAUUAGCGGUUGUAUGGGAAGCGAUGCGUGCAUGUGGCACUACCUACGAGAACGCUCUAAUCCAUGAUAAUACUGACUACUACCGAGGUCUGCUGAACGUUCUGUUCCUUGCGCUUCAAUUUCAUGUCUCAAAAUCACGGUCGGCUGCUGCUGAACCCGCGAACAAGAAGAAGAAGUUCGAUCUCUCAUCUGAUCUAGCCAUUGUGCUGGAGGUGAUCAAAGUCGUGAUAGCCCAAGGCUUCCGCUCCCUUACAACAUACUUGCAUGAUGAACCGCAGCGCUGCUCGCCAAAAGACUUUGCCAUCAUUACGGCGAUUUUACAGACGGCUCUACGGGUCAAGGAUGCUGAACGGCUGUACGAGCACAUCGUAUUCCACAUUGAGGACAAUGAUACGGCCAGAUACGCAACGACUCUCUUCUCAUGGGCAGACCAAUUGACUGUUGAGGGCGAUCCAGUUUACGGAGAAUUGAGCAUCAUAUUUCUUGUCGAACUCUCAGCUAUUCCUAUGCUGGCAGAGUACUUGGCUGUAGAAGCAGUACUCAUGAAGCUCUCUACCAGCCGUUUGACUCGAAUUCUCUCACAAGCCAAAACAUUCGGCCCAUUCGACCCAGUACCUCGCCUAUACGCUAUUUGGAGGGAAGGGUUUUUGCCUCUUUGCCUUAACCUUCUCUUCAACGUCAGUCGCGCCGCACCCGAAGUAGCGGCAUUCCUCAAUCAAUUUGAAGGACGACUGACCCGUGCGGCUGAAUCAUUUGCAAGUAUACACGCAGGCACAGCGUCGUCGGCUUCAUCUCAACCCGAGAAACGGAUCAGUCUUUCAAUGGCAUCCGAGGCGUAUUCAUUAUCCCUCAUGUCCUUCAUCCUCGAGCGAUACCGAGCCGCCGGACCCAGCGCGGGAGUCGACAGUCAGGCGAUUCAGGAUUUGAAAUGGGACAAAUCACAAAUCAAAGAGGAUAUUGAGGAAUUACUUAGUCGUCGAUCUAGUUUACGUGCUCGCAUGGUAGCCACUAAUGAAACAGAAGCAGAGCUGGCACGUCAGCAACCUCUUCAUGCAUCGUCCUCGGGCGCCGAGGAUCGUCUUGAGGAGAAGAUUGUGUAUGAGUUACGAGCUGCAUUGACGUGCCUAUCGGGGUCGGAUGAGGCAUAG